AUGCUCCUCGUUCUCGUCAAUCCCGUCUGCGGCGACAAAUCCGCAGCCGCCUUCUUCGCCGCCCAUGUCGUCCCCCGUCUCAACGAGCACACCGCUGUACAUGUCCAGACAACUUCCGCAGGCCAUGCGGGCAGAGUCGUCGUCGAGCAUGCAACACGCCCGCUCACCCUCGUCCUCGGCUCCGGCGACGGCACUCUCCACGACAUCCUCAACGCCCUCCACGCAGCCAGCAUAACCACUCCCGUCCACUUUGUCCUCGUCCCUUGUGGAACUGCCAAUGCCCUUUAUUCCUCCCUCUUUCCUCCGCCCCCAGUCCCCGAUCUCGCCUACAAGCUCCAAUCUCUUCAUGCCUUCCUCCAGAACAAGGCAACCACCACCCUCCUCUCUCUGGCUACUACAACCAUCUCGGCCCAGAACGCGCCCGUAAGCACCUCCAUCGCCUCCGUCGUCGUCUCCACUGCCCUCCACGCCUCCAUCCUCCAUGACUCGGAGGCCUUGCGAGAACGUCAUCCCGGCAUCGAAAGAUUCAAACUUGCUGCUCAGCAGAACAGCACCAAGUGGUACAACGCCCGUCUCAACCUCACUCCAUCCUCUCUCGGCUUUGUUCAGAUCUACAACCCCUCCUCCAAGUCCUUGAUACCCCAUCCAGACUCCUCAAAUGAUUCCCCCGCUGUAGAGAUCCAAGGCCCCUUUGCCUACUUCCUCUCCACCGUCAACGUCGAUCGUCUAGAGCCCGCCUUUAGAAUCGCCCCUUUGGCCAGGGCCAUCCCUCCCUCUGCUCCGGCUUUCGACAUUGUCGUCCUCCGGCCCCUCAGAGACCCCACCAUCCACCAAGAUACACCCGACGCUCGCUCAUCUUUUGUCGCAAAGACCUGGAAGGUCCUCGGAGGCGCCUACCAAGAUGGUCAGCACGUUGAAUUCGUUUACACCGAGCAAGGCGACAUUGCUUCUGGAGUUCAUGGUGUCUCCGUCAUCGAGUACUUCCGUUGUGGUGGUUGGCAAUGGACUCCCGACGAUGCUGAUCCUGAUGCGCAUCUUGUCUGUUCCGACGGUGCCAUAUCGACCAUUCCUCCUCACGGGAAAGCUACCGCCGCCGUCGAUACCUUCUCUCACCAUUUUUCUGUAUACAACUGA